AUGGUGUCCAUCGAAAACUUCCGUCAAUUUUUGCAGCCGAUGAUAUUUUAUUCGAAAAUCAUAGGAGUUGAAAUAUGGACUGCUUCAGGAUUUUUUUUGCCCGCGUCGUACAACCUGUCGUUACAAAUGGUGCUCUACGUUGUCAGUACUUUAUUCACAGUGGUGAAGUACAGCAACAAUCCAGCCGGGUUUGGAGUGUAUCCUUUGCUGGCCUAUUCGAAAAGUGGAGUAGUAUUACCUUUGUUUCUGUACGAGAUACCCUAUUACGAUGUGUCCACAAUCACCAAAACAAUGGGAUUGACUUUGUCUGAUUUUUUAUUUCUGAUUCGAUCGAUGUACUCAUUGACCGAAGCAGACAUAUUCAUGGUACAUUUGGGCGAGCUUGAAGCCAUGCUGAAUGAUCUCGCGAAGGAUGAUAAAAAGAGAGCGGAAAUACGAGGGAAGUGGCUACAGUGCGUUAACGUUCAUAAGCUGCCGACUAGGUUCUUGAACACUGCAGCAGAAACGUUCCGAUUGGUUUGUCUAGCUAUGGUUGGAAUGGGUGUUUUUUCCUUUUGUGACUGCAUACUCCUAGUAGCGUUGACAGAUGGGUAUCCUACGUACUGCUUUUUGUUGGUUAUGUUUGGAGAGCUUACGAUCUAUUUUAUUAUCGGCAACUUUCUAGAGCUUAAGGUAACUUGAUGAAAUGAAAUGUACAGCAAAAUAAUUUCGAUGCCGUGGUAUAUGCUACCGGCUAGGGAACAGAAACAGUUUCUCUUGCUGCUCUGCAGACAGCAGCGUCCCAUGUUGUUGACAGGUUGCGGUUUUAUACCCAUGAACUUUGAGUCGUACAUGAGCAUGUUCCUCACGCUUAGUAAUAAAUAA